ACGAACCGUUUAUGAAUACACUCUUGAAUACUCUCAUGAAUACUAUUAAAAUUAAACGCCAAAGCCAGAAAACCACAAGACGCAAAUUUGGCAGACUGCAGAAUCAUUCUGACAUUUAACGCAUUUAUGAGAGAGAGAUUAUUUUUUGGACAUUUACCGAAAAGACUUUGAGUGGAAGUGACAGAAUAGGUAGUGAAAAGUGAAUAUAUAUUUUAUUGAUUUGUAUUUCCAAUAAAUUUUCCAAACACAGGGAUUUAUUACUGAGAACAGUAUUGUUUUUUAGUAAUUCAAGGGAAAGUAUAAUAUAAAAUUUGUCAUGCCACAAUAUAAAGUAAAAGUUAAAUGGGGAAAGGAAUCCUAUCCAGGUAUUGAGGUGAAUACUGAAGAACCUCCUUUGUUAUUUAAAGCUCAGUUAUUUGCAUUAACUGGAGUGCAGCCUGAAAGACAGAAAGUAAUGAUUAAAGGUGUAACGCUCAAAGACAGUGAUUGGGACAAUUUUAAAAUGAAAGAUGGGGUCACUGUUUUAUUGAUGGGUAGUAAAGAAGAAGAUGUUCCAAAGGAACCUGUAGAAAAAACCGUUUUUGUAGAAGAUAUGAAUGAAAGUGAAUUGGCAACAGCAUUAGAUUUACCAGCUGGAUUAACAAAUUUAGGAAACACCUGUUACAUGAAUGCCACUGUACAAUGCUUGAAAGUUGUACCAGAGUUGAGAGAUGCCCUCCAAAAAUUUCAGGGAGAUCGCUGAUAGAUCAGUAUUUUGGUGGAACCUUUGAUGUUGAGUUGAAAUGUGUUGAAGCUGAAGAUGAGCCUGUUUCGAAGAGUAAAGAACAGUUUUUACAAUUGAGCUGCUUCAUUUCCCAAGACGUUCGGUACAUGCAUUCAGGACUGAAAAAUAAACUUCAAGAACAGUUGACAAAAAAAUCAUCAACAUUAGAUAGGGAUGCAAUUUACACUAAGACGUCAAAAAUAAGCCGUUUACCAGCGUAUUUGACGGUACAAUUCGUGAGGUUUUAUUACAAGGAAAAGGAGUCCAUUAACGCAAAAAUUCUAAAAGAUGUGAAAUUUCCAUUAGAUUUUGAUGCCUUCGAGUUGUGUACACCCGAGUUACAAGAAAAACUAGCUCCUAUGCGUGCAAAAUUCAAGGAGUUUGAAGAUAGGCAAAUAGAACUUGCUGGCAGAAAUAAGGAAAAAGUUAAAGGGGAUGCUGAUUCCAAAGAAGAUAAAAAAUAUGAACCUUAUUGUUUUGAAAAUGAUUUGGGUAGUAAUAAUAGUGGAUAUUACACAUUGCAAGCAGUACUAACUCACAGAGGGCGAUCAUCAUCAAGCGGGCAUUACGUAGGAUGGGUCAGGCAGAAAGGAGAUAAUUGGAUUAUGUGUGACGAUGAAAACAUGUCACCUGUAACCACAGAGGACAUUUUGAAACUUUCCGGAGGAGGUGACUGGCAUUGUGCAUAUGUUCUUCUCUAUGGACCUAAACUUUUAGAAAUCCCUUCUCCUGAAGAAAAAAUGGAAACUGAAUAACUGGACUAAAUUCUGAAGGAAAUGCUCGUAAGAUGCUUCAACGAUGAUUGUUAAACUUUGUAUAAAUUUUGAAAAAACUAGUGAACAUACCUGAAUUGGAGAUACGAAAUAAAAGAUGUUUCUUUUUA